AUGAUACCGUGGCAAAAGAAGUUGGAGAUACUUUAUGACCUCGCGUUAGGUUUGGCUGCGUUACAUAGCAAGUGCAUAUUGCAUCGAAAUUUUCAUCCGGGAAAUAUAUUUUUAGAUGUGAGGAAUCAAGGGUACACUUGCAUUAGUGAUAUAGGUCAAUAUUAUCCGCCAGAUAAGGAUUCGAAUAGCAAGAAAUUAUACGGGGUAUUACCUUAUGUUCCACCCGAAGUAUUGCUUGGAACAGCUUUCACUAGCGCCUCAGAUAUCUAUGGGUAUGGUAUGAUCAUGUGGGGGGUCUCAACGGGACGACGACCGUUCGCUGAUCGACCGCAUGACCAAUCCCUUGCUUCUGAUAUAUGCAAUAGUCUACGGCCCAAAGCAGCAAAAGGCACACCGCCUUCGUUUGUCAGAUUGAUGAAAAAGUGUUGGGAUCCCAACCCAUCAAAUCGUCCGGACGCGACGGAAUUGAUUGGUGUUUUGGAAGAUUGGCUGAAAGAACUUCAUAAUGACUAUGAACUGUCUGACAUUCGAGCAGAAUUUGAAGCGGCGGAGCAACAUAGGAUAAACGGUACUUCUUCCACACCAAGUUCCCCUUCCAUGUUUCAUCCCCUUGCAAUAUACACCAGCAGGCUUUUAACUUUCUCAAAUUUGAAAGUGUGGUGA